AUGUCCCGGAAGUGAGUUAUUUUGGGCAGUCUGCAGUAAAAGGACAAUACUCGGGGCAUAUUGGUUACAUGCGUUAUUUUUAAAUAAUUUCUUGCCACUACAAAAAUACAAAGUAAGACGUCUAAUUUGGUGUGGAUUAAUCAGAUUGUAGGAUCAGCGAAUUUUAAACACACCGGCAUGGCGAGGGGGAAGAAACAACGUGUCGCAGCUACAUCUACACUUGAUGACACUCGAAAGACCAGCGUCGAAGGAACCAAAGAAAACAAACCAGAAACAAAUGAGGUUUCUGCGUGUCAAGGACAAACUACCAUGCAUGCUUUCCUGAGCCCUGCCAAGACUCGUUCUCCUCUCAGACAUAGUCCUCUGACUUUGCUCCACGAAGAGAAUUCUUCCUCUUCCAGUGCUCCAAAAGAAAACGUGAAACAUGAAGUGCGAACGAGUCCAAGUCAGACCAACUCCGUCACGCUAGAGGCAACAAGCUCCCUCAGCACGGAAGAAGAUAAAUCGGCAGACACUCCCCCUCAGCCCUCCCAGCCGUCCCAGGCCUCCCAGCAGAACAAGAGCCACAGCAAAAAGACCAACAAGAAAAAGCCUGAGAAAAGCGAUGCACAACAGAACAGGAAGGUUACAGACUACUAUCCCAUCAGAAGAAGCUCCCGGAAGAGCAAAGCUGAACUCAAGAGCGAGGAGCAGCAGCACAUGGAGGACCUGAUCAAGAACAACGUGCAGGAUGGACUGGAGGUCAAGCACCUCGAGGGGAAGGGACGGGGCGUGUUUGCCAGCAGAGAGUUCCGGAAGGGCCAGUUUGUGGUGGAGUACCAUGGCGACCUGAUCGAGAUGGGGGAGGCCAAGAGGAGAGAGCAGGCCUACGCAGAGGACCCUGCCACAGGCUGCUAUAUGUACUAUUUCCAGUUCCAAAACAAAACCUACUGCGUGGAUGCCACCCGGGAGACGGAGCGUCUGGGUCGUCUGAUCAACCACAGCAAGAGCGGCAACUGCAAGACCAAGCUGCAGAGCGUGGAGGGCGCGCCACACCUCAUCCUGGUGGCCGCACGCCACAUCGCGUCCGGCGAGGAGCUGCUCUACGAUUACGGCGACCGCAGCCCGGACGCCCUGGCCGCACACCCCUGGCUCAAACACUGACGGAUGGAUGACCUUGGCUGACCUGCUUUGACCUUCUGCCCCCAUCUCAUCUCGCCUCACCCCAUCCCACUCUGUCCUCUUGGCUUGUCCCGCACUACGGCGACCGCAGCCAAGCCGCCA